AUGUGUUGUACAGGAAAGUGCGCCCGCCUGGUGGGCCUGAUCCUGCUGCCUUCAGCCUUCAUCUGCAUCAUCUCCAACCUGCUGCUUUUCUUCCCCGACGGGAAGCAACUGAAGACCAGUGAGAUCUCCACCGAGGUCUGGCUCAUGGGGGGGCUCCUUGGAGGAGGCCUGAUUAUGCUGUGUCCGAGCUGUUCAGCUAUCAGGGCCGGGGGCAAGGGUUGCUGUGGAAAAGGUUGCUGUGGCAACCGCUGCCGGAUGUUCAGCUCGGUCAUAUCCUCCGCCGUCGGCGUUCUUGGAGGGAUUUACUGCACCAGUGUCGCCUCAGCUGGGUUGGCUGUUGGACCCAAGUGCCAGGUGGAAAGUGGCGACUGGGAGUACCCCUUUAAAGACACGGGCAAGGGCAAUGGGAGCUACCUUGUAAACCAGGAUAUGUGGACUACGUGUGUGCACCCUAAAAACAUAGUGCUGUGGAACAUCGUUCUGUUCUCCAUCCUGCUGGCCAUGGGCUUGCUGCAGAUUGUGCUCUGCGGCCUCCAGGCGAUCAACGGCUGUUUGGGAUGCAUCUGCGGGGACUGUCGGGACAGCAAGGACGAUGACGGUGGACUGUAAGGGUGAAGAAGACAAUCCUGCUGUGACUGGCCUCCAAAAGGGCCCCCACACUUUUCUCCACUG